AUGAUUGGGCCCAUGCUCUUCCCCUUUCCUACUACCCCUUCCCCUCUCCCUUUCCCCUCUUUUUCUGACCCAGACGGAGAUUGGUGGUCGGUCAGCUGCCCUGCAGAUUACGGGUUACUAAAUCGAGUCCAGUGUACCCGGUACUCAAUUGUCACUUGGCUACGACGAAGUACCUCCGGUCGGCUUUCCCGACUCAACAACAAAAGCUCCCUCAAAAGCAAGGAGUAUCAAAACCAGAACCACGGUUCCAACAAUAAGCAUAACAACAACACCACCAUCAUUAUCAUCACUAUCGAACCAUGUGUCCACAACAACAAAGAUAAUCCUUACUUAUUUACUUUACCCACCCUCCAACUACUUAAAAUGGAGCAAACCCAACCCUCCAAGUUCACGCAAUCCGGGUCGGUGCUGAUUACCUUGCAAAGGAAUGAAUGGCAGGGUAAGACCAGGCUGUCGGGAUACCUCGGUAUGGAGAUGGGAAUGUCCAGAAUUAUUGUCACACCAGAAUUUAUGCAUGAAUUGUUGGAUUAUCGAGACAGACACUAUGAUGACACUGCAAUUCCUUAG